AUGGAGUACCUACCUAGUCUUCAACAAGAAUUUGAUGAGCACAAGCCGUCGCUCUUCGAACUCCUCGCUGAACAGCAACUCUCCGAUCUCCUCCCACCAUCCCUCCGCUACCUCCUCGCAGUCGCGACGCACCGCCACCCGCGGUACCUCCUCCGGAUCCUCAACUCCUAUGACGAGGUCUACGCUCUCCUCUCCCUAGUCGUCGAGCGCUAUUACCUCCGCACAUUCGGCGGCUCUUUCACAGAGAACUUUUACUCUCUCAAGCGCGAGCGCGUCCUCCGCACGAAGAAUGGCGAGGUUCCACGCGCCCAGGUUGGCGCCGCUGGCCCCGUGCGCGACGCCCUCAAGUUGCACUCAACAGACGUGUGGAAGAACCUGCUCGUCAUGGUCGGUAUUCCCUACUUGAAGCGCAAGCUAGACGAAGGAUACGACAUCUAUGCCGCGCCGCAGGCGUCUUUGGUGAUGGGCGGCGGGCCGCGAUAUAAUCCCAGCGACGACCUCUCGCAUAGCCCGACGAUCCGCCAGCGCAUCUUCCAUUACUAUAAAUGGUUCUUGCGCAAUGUAUAUCCGUCCGUGAACGCGGCGUACUAUUUCUCUGUCUUGGCGUUCAAUCUCGCCUACCUUUUCGAUAAUACCAAAUACUCCUCUCCGUUCCUUUGGCUCAUUGGUACGCGAAUUCGCCGCCUUGGAGCCGCUGAUCACCGUGCUAUUGCCGCCGUGCUAGAACCAAAGCCUGCGCCUGGUGGAAGCCGAUCUCAGCGACCUGGGUCGGGCCUGAUGGGUCUUCUGAGCCCACAAAAUAUCUACCCACAACUUCUCACUUCUCUGCGCUACUUCCUCCCCGCAUCGAUUUUUGCUUUGAAGUUCCUGGAGUGGUGGCAUGCGAGCGAUUUCUCGCGCCAAUUGGCUCGCAAGGCGACUGAGGUUCUGGACUUGCCCGCUCCCGUCAUUUCGGGCUUGACGAAUCCAGCUGAGCGACGGAAGUCUGGACAGGAAGAGAAUGAGAAGAAGCAAACAGAGCAGGAAAAGAAGGCUUCUGGAGAAUUAAAGUCUGCACUGAAAGCACCUCGCCGGCACCAACCACCUAUCUCCGCAACCUCCUAUCUUCCCAUUUUCACAGUGCCACUACCGCCGGCCGAUAUCUCCAGCGCAAACACCUGCCCCGUCUGCUUGAACACGCUUGUUAACCCGACCGCCUGUCAGACCGGAUAUGUGUUCUGCUACGUGUGCAUCUUCCACUGGCUCAAUGGCGAGCACCAGCGCCAGCUGGAUUUCAUCAAUGGGGAAGGCGCAGGUGCGCCUUGGGAGGAGGAGAUAACUGGUGAUGACGAGGCUGUGAAGCAGUCCUCGGAUGGCCAUGAUGCCGAAGCGAAGGGCUCCCGCAAGCGCGGUGGGCAGUGGGAGAGUGGGAAGGGUAGAUGCCCAGUCACAGGGAGAAGAGUUCUCGGUGGAACAGACGGCCUACGGAGAGUGUUGAUUUGA